CGCGUCCGUUGGCGACACGUCGAGCGUCCGCGUGUCGACGCGCGAUCCCGCGGCUCGUCCCGCCGAGUAAUCUCCUCGGGUCUCUGCUUUUUUUUUUUAUUUAUUUUACGAACGCGGGGACACGCUUGAGAUCAUUCCAAGUAUUGUUUUCAAACGGAGGAGCAUUUGCGACGCUAAUCAAGUCUGGAGAUAGUAUGAAAGACAUCCACGAGGACAAUCAGCUUUAGCGAUCACUUCUUCUGAGGAGCGCUGUGUCGCGCGUACUACAAUUUACUUGCGAAUAGAACAAAAUGGACAUCACGUUGGACGAUAAACUGUCCGCGCUGCAGCAGAUCAGCCAGCAGAAGCUCGUGAAGAUACUGGACACCAUCCCAGGGACGAAGGAUCUGAUAAUAGAACAGAAGCUGAUGAAGAUACUGGACAGUUUCGUAGGCGUGACCGUGCUGAGGCGCUACGGAGUGGACAAGAUUUAUAAAAUGGAGGAAGGGCUGAAGCCGUCGAACAGUCAACGUAUAUUCUUAGUGUCCAACAACUUGAUCGCGUGCAAGAGGGUCCUAGAUCAAGUGCAGUCCGAGAUAUCCCUCGCCGGCAGACCUCACGUCGGGGUGUGCCAUCAUUUGUUGGUCGUGCCGUUCGUCCCGCCUGUGUUACACAGCCUAGUCGAGGAGGAAGGCUUGUCCGAGCUGGUUACGUUGCGGACGUUAUCCGUCGAGUUCGUACGAUUAGACGGAAACGUUUUGUCCAUGGAAAAUCCAGUGUUCAUCGACCUCUACUAUCACAAGGACACCAGUCCUCUGCGCGCAUUGGCGCGCAACCUGUGGUCGUUGCAGCUGAUACUCGGCUCGCCGAGGCUCUCGCUCCUCCUCGGCAAGCACAGCCAGCAAGUGGGCAAACUGAUGGAAUCCAUGGAACAGAGCCUGGGCUCGUCCAGUCUGGGAAACGAGAUCGGCGCCCUCAUUGUGAUGGACAGGAGCUUCGAUCUAGCCGCGGCUCUUCUCACGCCCGUAACGUACGCGGGCUUGCUGAACGAGGUGAUGGAGGUGAACGUCGGCACGGCGACGUUGGACAAGUCGCAGACCAGAUUGGAUCCGAGUAAAGAUCAAAUAUACGGAGAAGUGAGAGACACGCCCUGCAGCGACGUUUUCCCCAUUUUACACGGGAAGGCUAAGUCACUUAAAUCCGAACAGGAGGCGGUACAGACGAUGAAGCUGAACGAGAUGGAGAGAUACGUGUCGACGAGGUUGCAGAGGACCAGAGACACGACCCGGCAAUUGGCAUUCCAUAUAUCCGCGUGCCAGACCAUCACGGAUACGUUAGGCUCCGAGUUCCAAGUCUUGCAGACGAUCGAGAAACUGAUGCUCGACUGCAGGGACCGGAAGGAAUGUUUGAGCUACAUCGAGAGAAAUAUAGACGAGCACGCGCUACGAUGUUUGCGUCUCCUGUGCCUGUUGUCCAUCACUACCGACGGUAUCACGCAGAGCGAGCUUCAAAAUAUUCAAAAGCUCCACCUCCAUACCCACGGUUACCAGCAUAUCCCGCUCUUCUACAAGCUGCGUACAGCCGGCUUGCUGAAGUACAGAAACGAAUACAUUUUACACAAACUGCCCAACUGGAGCAGCGAGUGGAGCAGCAACGCGCAAAAAUUGAAGUUGUUACCCAGUUAUUCCAAACGGGCCGAUCAGAACGGUCGUACCUGUCCUAGCUACGUGUUCAACAACGCUUAUGUACCCGCGAUAGCACAAAUAUUAAACAUCGUGUCGAAUCAGGAGAAGGAUCCUCGCAGCUUCGAGGAUCUGACGAAUUUAGCAAACUGUGCUGUAAACGGUCAUCGGGGAGCGUUAUCGCCAAAAAUGGUUGUCAUCUGCGUGAUAGGUGGUGUUACCUGCGCAGAGAUAGCGGCCUGUCGACUCAUAGAGAAAUCCACAGGGAUACGCCUCGUCAUUACGUCCGAUACUAUUCUAACGGGUAACAAACUCGUCCAGAGGAUACAAAAGAUAUGAAGACUCGUGGCGUCCAUCGAGAAUGUAAAAAUCUUAUCUUUUCGUACAACAAAUAGAUAAAAGAUCGUACAU